AUGCCCCUCUGUUUCGCGGAGGUGGUCCAGCUGAUGAGGCCGUGCUCGAGUGGUUGGGGGGGCCCGUCCAAGCGCCGCGGCAAGUCGUCGACGGUCGACGCGAAGGGCGCCCCGAAGCAUGAUGCCUCGCGGUACCGCGCGGAGUUGGCAACGCCGUCGCGGCGCACAUUCCUAGGCUUUCAACAAUCCUUGCGCGGGGGUCUGGUGCUGGCCCAGCGCCGCGGCGCGAACGUCGGGCUCAUUGGCGCUGCCUACCACAGCGGGUUCGACGAGGCCCUUUUGCAUUUUAAGUUGAACGGCGAACCGGCUUCCCAGGCGCAGCGCAGAGCAAUGUCACGCUGGGCGCCAGGGAGAAAUACUGGCGAUGUGGUCGCCAAGGUGUUCCAGACGCAGUCCGAGCGCGGUUGUCUCAUUGCUGUUCCGCCGCGCGACGAUUCGGAUGGGCUUGAUCUUCAUUGCAUCUUGCUCGGGCGCACGCUCCGCGAGUGCCGGCGGGGGGGCGCUGCGGCCGAUCGGCCGCCGCCGCUGCUGCUGCAGCUCGACGCGCCGCAGCCCGACGUGGACUCGAUUCUUGGCGCGCCCAUUCCCUGCGCGUCGCCCGCCCUGGCGCCGCGCUCGAUCCGCGCAGUUGCCGCGCUGAGUUCGCAUGCCUCGCUGUUUCGCGAAAGGGGUCCAGCCGAUGAGGCCGUGCUCGAGUGGCUGGGGGCCCCCCCGUCCAAGCGCCGCGGCAAGUCGUCGGCGGUCAACGCGAAGGGCGCCCCGAAGCAUGAUGCCUCGCGGCGCGGCGCGGAGUUGGCAACGCCGUUGCGGCGCACAUCCCGAGGCGUUCGACGAUCCUUGUGCGGGGGUCUGGCGUCGGUCAGGUGCCGCGGCGCGAACGUCGGGUUCAUUGACACUGUCUACCACAGCGGGUUCGACGAGACCAUUUUACUCUUGAAGUUGGAAGGCGAGCCAGCUUCCCAGACGCAGCGCAGAGCAAUGUCACGCUGGGCGCCAGGGAGAAAUACUGGCGAUGUGGUCGCCAAGGUGUUCCAGACGCAGUCCGAGCGCGGUUGUCUCAUUGUUGUUCCGCCGCGCGACGAUUCGGACGGGCUUGAUCUUCAUUGCAUCUUGCUCGGGCGCACGCUCCGCGAGUGCCGGCGGGGGGGCGCUGCGGCCGAUCGGCCGCCGCCGCUGCUGCUGCAGCUCGACGCGCCGCAGCCCGACGUGGACUCGAUUCUUGGCGCGCGCAUUCCCUGCGCGUCGCCCGCCCUGGCGCCGCGCUCGAUCCGCGCAGUUGCCGCGCUGAGUUCGCAUGCCUCGCUGUUUCGCGAAAGGGGUCCAGCCGAUCAGGCCGUGCUCGAGCG